AGUAAAUAUUCUGUGCCCGUGCAACGCUAUAGCAACGCCUGUGGUAACUUAUAGUCGUAAUUAAUUAAAAAAACCUGAUAAGACAGCACGCAGUAAAGAAGACGUACUUUGAUGAAACGGUGAUAUCUAGCCAGUGCCCUGAAGUGAAACCGUUUCGCAUAGUUCGUAUCAGUCGCAACUGAGAGGGGCAACAGUGAUUGCGAUUGCAGUAGUUCGGUUGGUGUUUGUAUGUUCCGUAGCGAUAUAGUAGCGGUAUCGUCGUAUUGUAGUGUAUCAAAACCAGUGGCCGGAUAAUUCACUGAGGACGCGUGGUCAAGUAUUCGUCGAAAUCGUCGCUACAAUGGCAGUCCCGCAGCUCUCAAGUGGAGCUGCAUGCUUUUUACUCUGGCUCUUCGUUGUUCGUAGCGUGCAAGUUUGUGUUCUUGCACAUGUUAUAAAUGAAAAUGCAACGGCUGAUAAACAUGAAGGAGCACCAGAAAGCACAACAUUAUUAGACAUGGUGGUAUUAACACAUGAUGCAAAGAGUGCACCAAACAGAAUCGCUGCUGACCCAGCAGAAAGCAAAGGGGAUGAACAAAUUAAGGUUGUUCCUGAAGACAAGGAAGUUGGUUACAUUAACACAAAGGACAAAAAGCUUAAAGACAACCUGGACAAAGAAAAUGCUGCAACUACAAGCUUAGUCUCUGAUAAGCCUCAGCUGGUGCCCUCGACAACACACCCCAAUUUGGAGCAGCAGCACAAAAAUGAUGAUAGACCAUCUGUCCCGGACAGCAGCAAGAAAUUGUCCAAAGGCGCAGGGGCAGCUGCUGUUUCAGUGAAGCAGCCUCAUGUGGACGAGAAUUAUGUAACUAACAAUCCAGUACCUAAAGACAAGGUUGAUGUGCAGAACACUGUGAAUGGUUUGCAAAAAGCUGAAGCUAACAAAAAUUCAGGCGAAAAGCAUGUUGAAAACAUUGAAGCACCUGUAGGUGGCAACCAACCCAAUGUAAAUCCCCAGACCCCUCCAGUAUUGUUUAAGGAGCCUACAGCAGGAACCACUCUCAAGAUUGCUCCACCUGCACCAACUGACACUGAUGGAACAAAAGCUCUGCCAAGUCAACCUUCUCAAGGACAAGGGCUGCAGAAGCAUACAGUUGUGUCGCCAGAUCUAGCGAAAGACCUGGGUGCAAUGCCUCCUGCUUCUAGUUCAGGCAACCUUGACUAUGGCCAUGUGAGGGAGCCUGACUCAGAAGAGGAGCUUGAGCCACCCCUGCCAACACAGAAGGGCCUUGCCUCUGCAGCCAGUGGGUCAGCAUCCUUAGGGACCCAGCCCAUUGUGGGUUCUGUGGGAGGUAGUCGUCCAGAAAAGCCUCUUGAUGCCUCUGCAGCUGCAGGUUCCAUGCCUUUCCUGCCAGCCCAGGAUGACAGCCAUUUUUUUGCCUACUUCUUGACUGCGGUGGUGCUUUGUGUGGUUGGGUACUUGGCCUUCCACAACAAGCGCAAGAUUCUGGCUCUGAUUCUGGAAGGCAGGCAUGAGCGCCAGAGGAGGCACAACGGACACUACAGAAGACUGGACAAUGCUGAUGAAGCGUCAUCUGGCCGCAAAAGUCGUGGCAGUUUUUAGGAACUGGCUCUAGUCGCAUUACUGUGGCUCCCUUUAAGCACUGGCAGCUGGAGCUGCAUGUGCCAACCAUUCUGCAACAAUUUAUGGCCACUUGCAACUUCAGGAUACAAUAUUCACUGACUUCUCUGCCUUAGCCAUAACCUUUCAUACACCUAAUUUUCAUUUCGGUCUUUCUAAAAAGAAUUUUUGUGACAUGAUGGUAUAGCUAUGUUAAGCUAGUGAACUAAUGAGUGUGGCUGGCAUGGACAGUGGCUCGAUGUUCCUGUUAUUCCACUCCUGAUACUGUGCUUGACAAGAGCUUGUGACUGUCUGUGCGGCAUACAUGUCAGGUUUAGUGUACAGGUCUAGUCACAAACUCUAGUCAAACAUACUGCUGCAAGGUGAACAGUAAUAAUUUUAGUUUCUGUCGUCGAAUUCCAUGUUGAAGUACGCUUAGUUUUAGUGCCCACAGCUCUGCUGUCUUGUGUGUAUGUUCUUGCAAGACAUGUAAGAGCAACAGUGUUUGCUUUGUGCUGUGACACUCUGACAAGCUGUGCUUGACUGUUGUGGUUUUUAGGGUUUACUGAGUCAUGAAUACUUUCUCAGUGGACUUUAAGUACUGCAUGUGGCCAUGAGAUUGGUGUGCUGGUAUCUACUGGAUGAACCAGUGCUGUACCAGCAGUACUGGUCAGUACAGCAGUACAGUGAACUACCAGCACUGCUCUGGGGCCCACCGUAUUUUGUUCUUCCCAGAAGUUAAGGCCACCACCACCAAUAUAUAUGUAUAUAUAUAUAUAUAUAUUGUUACAAGCGUGAAGUAUUGUGUUAUUUGGGUGUGUGCCAUAAGCUGUAGUGGGACACAGAUAAGGGGGUCGAAGAAGAGGACGUUUUGCCAAGCGAUCACGGAACCUAGGCUGGCGCUCAAGACCGUUGGUUACGUCGUGUCCCAAUAAACCCUCUCUUAACAGAAUAACCCGUAACAGAGUGGUGGAGGUGCGGGUUCAGCUUAUGGCAGACACCCAAAUAACACAAUACUUUCACGCUUGUAACAAUAUUAUAUAUAUAUAUAUUGGUAUCUCUGAGGUGUUCAUACAGAAGGCAAGACAAUAAUAAAUGUUCACAUACUUUUCACCCAGCGACUAGAACAAAGUAUAAAGCAAGAGGCAAUAGGUUAAGCUCCUUUUGCUUCUGCUAUCGUGCAUAUUCUGUCGUACGCAUUGAUCAAACUUUUGCUGCCGGAAGACUUGAACAAUUUUUUUUGUAGAGUAGUGCAACUGUUUAACAAACAUGCUUUUUGUUGCUGGCAUUUCAAAAACUGAAUGUUCAUUGUCCAGCUGUAUAGACUAAGACAUGAUAUGUCUUACUACAGUGUAGACCGCUAAUAACAUAAGUCGCCGGAGUCGCGAAUAUCUGCACUAUAAGCAUUAUAACCAAAGCAACAAUUUUCAAGGCUCCGCAUAUGCAAAACGUGCACUGAGCCGCCACGCGUAUGCGGCAGUCGAGGAAUGCGGCUAGAAUGUUUGCGUUCAAUUUACAGUCGAAUCUCGUUAAUUUGAACCAAAUCACGCGGCGGCGCCUCCGACCGGCAUCGCUCUGGCACCUCCAUAGAGUAAAAGCUUAGGAGAGACCUCUCAAUGUCGCGCGCGAGCAAAAAAAAAGAAGAAAAAAAAACGCGGCGGAAAUUUCACCCUCUCUAAUGGCAAGGUCACCGAUUCUGCGUUGCGCCGGAACAUGCGUGUACGUGCCGACGUCUCAGCCACUCUACCAUAGCCACGCGUAGAAAAUGGCAGUGAACUCUUCUUUCUUUCUUUCUCCUUUAUGCUUCCUCUACUUUCUAGUCACGUGUUGACCUUGCACGCUUUGGCUACGGCGCAGAGGGAAGCAGCGGCGCUGUCCCAGGCUGGCCAACGAAACUGCCCACGCUGGCAAACGCCCGCUUCCCGAUAACGGCAGAAAACGAAACUUCGGGGAGCUGGCGCCAGUACGGCUGGAGCGGCGGCACCUGCACGGCGGCGGGCGCGCACGGUGACAGUCGAAAGUGAGGGAGCUACGAGGGAGGGCGAGGGUAGCCACCGAAGCGGUGGAGUUACCAAGGCGAAAUCCGCUUCCCUGCUGCCCUCCUCCCUCACAUUCCACGGUCUCCGUGUGCGCCCUUCGCCGUGCCGUGCCGGCGCCGCCCGCCCCCUGAAGUUUCAUUUACUGCCGUUAUCGUGAAGCGAGCGUUGGCCGGCGUUUGCAGUUUCGUGGCCCUUGCUCGCUAUGCGCGCCGUGAUAUUUCACGUCUCGCACUGAAGAUCCUGGUUUCAGCCUCACUGGCUGUUCGUUCGCACCACGUGCCCUUCUCCUCCACUUCGUCUCUCUUUCUUCCUCGAGCACUCCUUGGGGCGCCCGUUUGAGGGGAGCGUUCGCCGUCUCCGCUGACUUCCGUACUCCAAGGCAGCCGCACUGUAACCGGUAUUUAGUUUCCUGCAACUGCACUAUAAGCGAUACGUGUAUACAUGGAGUGCUAUGGGAAAAUUAACGGGAGUUUGAAAAGACCGCACUAUAUCCGGUCCUGCUCCAUAAGUGGUUACGUUAUAAGUGGUCUAUACUGUAGUUUUCUUUCUGACUGGAUAACAUUACACUUUGGCAUUACACAUUGUGAAUCCCAGCAGCAUGGCAAUGAUAAGAGUUCUGAAUAAUCCGUAUUGUUGAUUGACAAUUGCAGCAGUUGGUGGUUUAUAUUUACCUGUUUGUGAUUCCAUUUGUGUCCUUGCUUGCUUUGUUCUAUAGAUGCGCAGUACAUAUGCAUGUUCGUAGCAGAACAAAUGGUGCAAACACAACUCAUUCGUAAACUAUAAAGCAGUUGUGAAAAACCAUUGGUUUGGUGGAUUAACUCCUUCAAACACAUCGUUAUGCCUGAAGACAGUGGUGCAGUUAUUUAGAAUAAAGUUGGGACACUUUUGAGCAAGGAACUUGCUUUUUUUGAUCUAGUACAAACGUUUCAGUUCACAGUAGCACAGAAUUUAAGGGGGAGGGGGUGAUACUCCUUCCUAGUUUGUUUGUGAAAGGUUAAAUGUAGCAUUUUACUCAUCGACUCAAAUUUUACUGCACGUGUACUUCAUGUGAUGUUGGCCCAUGUGUACUGUAGCUACAGUAUUAUGGUGCACUUGCUAUGAAACUGUCUAAUUUGAAUCAGAAGCACCCCUUCUUUUUUUAUGUGUUUUGUUUAUGUGACUUAUAUAGUUUUUUGUCAUGUGUCUUACAUGAAGUUGUAUAAAUUUGGCUCCUCCUGUACUUGCUUAUAAGAGAAGGAAAAAUUCGAAAACAUUUAAGGGGACUGGCCACAGUUAUAUACAUAUCUUGGUUUUACCUCUGUGUGUGCAUGAUGCGUCUUUCACUGUUCACAUUGUGUGAAACACAUAAAAUAGGGAAUGUGUUGUUAGUUUGUUGAACAGAAACAGUUUAGCAAAAGCCCCAAGUCCAUUACAUCCAUGUGGACAUGACACUGAUGAAGCAGUGGGACUUUGAAAGCAUAUUAAUGUAUUUUGUUCACAAUAAGUGUGAUGCAUAUUCAAAAAUUAAGUUCAGUGCAAUUGAUGAUUUAUAGUCUCUGCCUGUACAAUUGUUUAAAUGUGUCCGAGUCCUGCUUUGCUUGUUGUUUUCAUUAAACAUGUCUUUUUUUUGUCUUGAUAUGUUUAUUAGCAAAGUUACCAAAGAAAAGUUAACAAGAAACGUUGCUGCUAGAAUGCUUUCCUUGUUUCCCUUUAGACAUGGUUGACUGGAGGCAGUUUAAAUUGAAGUAUUAGGUUAUAGAACAUUAGUAUCUUAUCUCCAAUGUCAUUCAAAUUUAAGUUGAACAUUGGCACACAUUGUCUGCAUGUAGUUGAACUACAUCAUGGGUUUUUUGGCAUUGUGUCAUGUUAUCUUGACGUUGUGUCCCUUGUUGUCGAGACUCUUCACACUUGCAUGGUAUUACAUAGAUUCAUUUCUCUCUUUCAGUUGUGCUUUUCUUGCAUUAGUUCUUUUUUCAUUUGUAUUUCUGUUUCACUUUGUUAACUGGUCGUGAUUCCAUGUUGUGCCUGUAAAAAAAAGCAGUUCAUAUGGCUCAGCUGCAUGGAAGUUUUCAAUUUAGCUUGCAUGUGAGCACUGGUAUCAAUGUAUGAACACAACCAUAUUCUCCAUUAGGUUACUUCAAGAUGUUACCUGUCCUUUUUUAUUAUUAUUAUUACUUUUUUUUCAGGGUUGUUAUUGUUUUUACCUUUCUGCAUUUUUUUUAGUACACUGUACAAGAGAAAUAGUGACAAGUUUCUGCCAGGCUUUUCUUUUAGAGUUAACAUCACUCAAGCUUAGCCUCUACAUUGCACAGAUCUCUAAGCUUAUUUCUGUUAUACACUGAUAAUGUAUUUACUUUGUUAUGAGAUUUAUGCAGCACAUCAGAUGUGACUCAUGAAUUUUUUUAUAGCUGUAGUAUUUGAGGUCAUCAGCUAGGUACUGGCUUUGAAAGUUAUUUAUAUCAAUCAAUGUUCUAAAGCAUGAAGCAUACACCUGUCUCAUCUUCUCUUUAGUGGAUUAGUCUGCAAGCACUGGAUCACUUUCUUUCGAUUUUCAAAUGCCCUUGUUGCUUGCCAAUCACUGUGUUUAUUCUUAAUGAAACAUGUUGAAGUGCUUUGUUCACUUUGUGUUUGAAAUAGCAACAAUCACUCAACCUUCUGCAAAGGGCGUGCUGACUUUGUAAAUACUGUACAGUAUUGUGUGUCCAGCAUUCGUUUGCCAAUAGGCAUGUGUCAUAACUGCCCUAUUCUGAGAUAGAGUAUAGUGUUCAUCUGUGGAUUUGAAAGUAAUUUCUGCAUUGAGUAUAAAAGAAGUGGUAGAACUUGUUAUUGAA